UUUUGUACACUCUCACUUCUCACUUUCACACACACAGCACACACAACAACACACAAACACAGCACACACACAUACUCUCUCUCUUCUGUGCUCUUCUGUCACCCACCGCUCUUUAAUUCCGCAUGAAACCGUUGAACGUUUUUCAACUCUCUGCCUUCAUAAGGGUCCUCCAAUUCUCUACCACCACUACACACACCCUUUUAAGUUUUGAUUCUCUCUCCUCACAUAGAUAGGUGGAAUUGAAUAUUGAGGGGUUUCAAGGUCUAGUAAAUGCAUGGAUCGAGGGGACCAAAUGUUAUCUGGCUCUGCAUCUUACUAUAUGCAGAGAGGAAUACCUGGUGCUGGAACUCAAUCUGAACUGCACAACUCGCCUAAUAUUAGAUCAUUGUCUAAUCCUAAUUUACCAUUUCAAUCAAGCAUUGGUGGUGGUGGUACCAUUGGAUCCACAUUACCGUUGGAGUCUACAGGAAUUUCAUCUCCAUGUGUCAAUGUGAGUGCUCCUUCUGGUGCUGUGCCAGGGGAAUCUGCCAAAAGGAAGAGAGGAAGGCCUCGAAAAUACGGGCCGGACGGAACUGUGUCGUUGGCAUUGACUCCAACGCCAGCAAGUCAUCCUGGAGCCCUGGCACAAGGCCAGAAACGAGGUAGAGGGCGCCCACCAGGAUCAGGGAAGAAACAGCAGUUGGCUUCUCUUGGUGAACUGAUGUCUGGUUCAGCUGGGAUGGGUUUCACUCCUCAUAUCAUUACCAUAGCAGUUGGAGAGGACGUUGCCACAAAAAUCAUGGCAUUUUCUCAGCAGGGUCCAAGAGCUAUAUGUAUUUUGUCAGCCAAUGGUGCUGUGUCUACUGUGACUCUUCGCCAGCCUUCAACAUCAGGUGGCACAGUCACAUAUGAGGGGCGUUUUGAGAUAUUGUGCCUGUCAGGCUCUUACUUGGUUGCCGAUGGUGGUGGCUCCCGCAAUCGAACUGGUGGAUUAAGUGUUUCCCUUGCAAGUCCUGAUGGCCGUGUCCUUGGCGGAGGAGUUGGUGGAGUGCUUAUUGCUGCAAGUCCAGUUCAGGUGAUAGUUGGAAGCUUUACAUGGGGUGGAUCAAAGACAAAGAUCAAGAAAAAAGAACCUUCAGAAGUGGCAGAAGUUGCUAUAGAGACUGAUCAUCAGACAGUUCAUAAUCCCGUCGCAAUGAAUAGCCUCUCGCCAAAUCAAAAUCUUACUCCAACCUCAUCUUUAAGUCCGUGGCCAGCAUCACGAUCAUUGGAUAUGCGCAACUCUCAUAUUGACAUUGAUUUAAUGCGCGGGUGACAAUUUAUUUAGCAUAUGCCAGUACUGAGUAUAUAUUUCAGAUUCAUGGUCACUCAUCUAAUUUUCCUGUAGUAGUAACUACAGCAUGGGAACUACCAACAGCAGAGUAGAAGCCAGCUGACUUAUGGAAAUUUGAUAAAAUGUCACCUAUCUCUACCCAUGAUUGACUGUAGGGUUGUACUCAAUAUUUUUGUAGCUGUGAGGAAUUUUAAUUUGAAGAUUUUGCGUUAUUGGUUGAAAACAGACUGUUGUUUAUAUCCUAUUUGAAAGAAAUUGGCAAUUGAGGUAGAUGCUUUGUGGUUUUGAGGCACACAUUAUGAUAUAAAUUAGUGUGACUUUUGUCAUUGAACUAUAGUCUCCUGAAAGGCAAUGACAAUGGGUGCAUGAAGAUUUACUACUAGGAA